AUGACGUUGCCCAGAAGAUCUCUUAAAGGGAGUGAAGAUCAUUUAGAAACCCCAGUGGAUGAAGAAGAGCGCGUCCGGUUUGCUGAUGCAAUCGAGCUCAAGGAAGCAAAAAGAGUUGUUCUUAACUUACAUUUACGUUUAAGAGAAGCCGAGAUGAAACUUGAGAAUAACUUAAGAGAGAUGGUUCCGGUCAGAGAACACGUUGGCACUUCUGCCACCCCAAGUAGAGAAGGGAGCCAAAUUCUCCGGAAGAAACUUGAAGACGCUAUUACAAAACUCGAGCAAGUCAACUUCAAUCUUGUUAGAGCAAAAAACAUCCUCACGGCUUAUAAACGGAUGGAAGCUGAUGCUUUAAAAGUGGAAAAGGAAAGCGAUAUACGCAACGAGCGUUAUUCCAAAUACGCUGAUUACUCCGCCAAUGAAGCUGCUAGUCGUUCGGAGAACGUUGCUAAGCACGUAUCAGGAAUGAAAGAAGCCAAUGAAGCCGUCAGUCGUUUGGAGAACUCCGCUGAGUACAAAUUAAAAAUGGAAGAAGCCGCUGAAAAAGCCAUACCCGUUUCGAUCGAAAAAAUCAUAUCCCGCGGCGUAGUCGACGAAAUCAAGCAUCUCGACAACAAUCACAAUCCUCAGAAAAUUCAUCCACAUAGAGUCGACCAAGCUAUCGAAGCAGCCAAAUUAGAGGAAGAGACGCAUCGCAUUUCUGCCAGCUACAAUCGGCAAUUAUUACAUCAUGCUGAUGAAGACGAAGGUUUAUUUCGUAAAAUUGCUGAGAUAUACAAGAGCACUGCUAGUGUAGCCUCAAAUUUGAACAAAUCUUAUAAACAUAAGGUCAAACAAGCCAAAGAAGUCAAGAAAUCUUUUCAAGCCGAACAAGACGCUCAAAUCAAGAAAGUCAAACACUUAACUCAAAAGCUCAUGGCUGCUCAAGACAGUGAAAGACCUCAGCUCAGCUCAAAUUUCGGAGCUAUCCUACCCGCGAAAUCCACUUACGCUACCCAAGAUCCCAUAGCCGCCCAUGCCGCCCCUAUUAUUCAUUCUGAUACCGACAUUCAUGUCAGUCCAACACCUGAAGAGCUGGACUUGACUUCGAGCCUUCCCAACCCCCCAAAGGUAGAGAUGAAACUCGAACGAAGAAGACAAUCAGACCAUUUGGACGACAAUCGUGAAAGUGGUGUGAAAAUUCGUCAACGCAUUGAUGCUGAUCCGCAAGGCCUGUAA